AUGGAAGACCUUGAACAAGAGAAUCAUGAAUUCCGUGAUGAAGUAACUACUCUUCGAGUUGGGGUGGAAAGAUUGACUGCUUUGGUGGAAAGCUUAGUGGCUACUCGGAAUCAACCAUCACCUCCUUCAUCUCCUCGUGCCACUCAAACACAAACUGAAGUCCAGACUACUACGAUCUGCGAAGUUUCUACUGCUACUGUUUCUAUGGCUCCUAUCACUGGUCUCUCUCACUAUCAGAUGCCUAAUGGCUACCCUGGGGGCAUGUCUUACAACUUUGUGCCAGAGGGAUACCAUCCUGUUACUGGAGCUGCUCAAACUACUCCUAUAAUGACCGUGAUUCCACCCCCGGUACAUACCGUGCCACAAGCUGAGGAACCCAUUUACCAAGUUGAGCCCAAUGAAAGAGGUGAAGUUUAUGAUGAUUUCCAAGAUCAAUUCCAAGAGAUGCGAAAGGAGAUUAAGGCCCUCAAAGAGAAGAAUUCAUUUGGAAAGAAUGCUUAUGAUAUGUGUCUUGUGCCAAAUGUGAAAAUACCUGCCAAGUUUAAAGUGCCUGAUUUUGAAAAGUAUAAAGGGAGUUUGUGUCCUCAGAGCCAUUUGACCAUGUACUGCAGAAAGAUGGCCACUCAUACUGAUGAUGAUAAGUUAUUGAUCCACUAUUUUCAAGAUAGUCUAACUGGUGCUGCUUUGAAAUGGUACAUGGGAUUGGAUAGUACUCAUAUCAGUUCUUUUGAUGACCUUGUAGAAGCGUUCAUUCGACAAUACAAGUAUAAUGUCGACAUGGCUCCUGAUAGAGAUCAACUCCGAGCCAUGGCGCAAAAGGAGAAAGAGUCUUUCAAAGAUGCUCCAACCGACUUCACUGAAAUGGUGAAUAUGGGAAUGCGACUAGAGGAAGGCGUACGAGAAGGACGAUUGAUUAUGGAAUCUGGAUCGUCGGUUGGAACCAAGAAAUAUGGAAACAACUUUCAGAAGAAGUGGGAAGAUGAAACUAUUGCUUUUGCAAUUGAUGGUGGAGAGUCUCAUAACUCACGUUCCUACCGACCCUUAGCUUAUCAGCAAGCACCAUUCAUAUCAUACGAUCAGUAUCCAUAUGUUGCGGCCGCACAAUUCAAGCAACCAUACCGACAGCCUUGGGCAUCUCCUCCUCAUAAUUCUUCACAAAAUGCUCCUCAGAAUGCAGCUCAGAAUCAGAAUCGUCAACGGAAUCAGAAUAAACCUCAAAGGAACCAUCCGAAGGAGGAUCGCCGCAUUGACCCAAUUCCAAUGACCUACGCUAAACUAUGGCCAUAUCUAAUCGAGAGUAAAGCAAUAGCUCCCAGACCAACCCGACCUGCAAAGUUUCCAUUUCCCAAGGAAUACAAUCCAAAUGUCAAGUGUGAUUUUCACGAUGGGAUAUCAGGUCACUCCAUUGAAGAUUGCAAUGUCCUGAAGGAAAAAGUUCAAGAUCUGGUUGGCAAAAAGAUACUCUCUUUCAAGGAUAUUGGUCCUAUGCCAUGA